AUGAAGACAACCAAGCAACCUUUUGCAAGGGCUCUAUUCCGAAGACACCAGCCAACCAGGCUAUUCAUACGCCACCGCCCCGCAGUGCUGGCGGGGACGGUAUCCCUUCUAUCGGUGCACCGCUGCAUCCACAGCAGCAUCGCCCCCUGCUCUCCACGAGAAAAGGAGAUCAAGCACGCCAAGAACCUGCCCGAGGGUGAACAGCCUGCCGCCGGCCACCGCAACCGUGAAGAUAAAGAGGAGACAAUUCCGCCACCUCCGUCGACUGGCGAGGAGCAGCCGGUGGACCCGCGCUACCCAUUCCUGUUGUGCCAUGGCCUGCUGGGGUUCGACACGCUCAAGGUGGUCCCCAGCCUGAUCGAGGUGGACUACUGGCGAGGCGGAAUCGCGCAGACCUUGCGACGGCGCCGCAGGCCGGAGGAAGGUGCGCAGGGCGGUGUGUUCAUAUCGCGAGUGCCUUCCACCGGCCACGUGCACGAGCGCGCCCUGUGCAUCAAGAAGCAGGUCGCACAGAUCCUCGAUCCUCCGCUAGCGUCCAAGGUUCCUGGUGCUGGAUUGGAUGAAGGGGACUGGAAGCGAAAGCGACCAGAGAAGGUGAAUCUCGUGGGCCACUCGAUGGGCGGGAUGGAUUGUCGAUACGCCGUGUCGAUGUUGGGCAUCGCCGAAGGUGUGACGACCAUCGGCACGCCACACCAGGGCUCCCCAGUUGCCAACUGGGCUAAGGACGUCCUGUUCGACAAGUUGAGGCUGGAGGGAUUGUUUCGGUUUCUCUUCAACGACACCGCAGCGAUUCACUGUCUGACCACCGACUACCUCAAGGACGAGUUCAACAAGAUGGUGGUGGAUCAACCGGGGGUCAAGUACUACUCGUUCGGAGGCCACCGAGAUCGGGCGCAGAUUCCUCUCUUCUGGCACUUCACCUACGACAUGAUCAGGAAGCUCGAGGGGGAGAACGAUGGUCUGGUGUCGGUUAAGUCCUGCGCGUGGGGUGAGUACAUUGAAACGCUGGAGGCUGACCAUCUGGAGAUGAUCAACUGGCACUGCCGCAAGUACACGGCGCCCUUCACCCGUACACCCUACAAGCCCUUCAACGCCCUCAACUUCUACGACCGCCUCGCCUCCUUCCUCGCCCAACGUGGGCACUGA